UCGKCUACGUUUCGUAUUUCGUAUUUUUAAACCUGCUUGUGCUUGUUUAUAUCGAAUGACUGCGAGUGUUUGGGGUUUCCAAACACCAAGAAGAUGAUGAAUCAACGAGGCCGUGGCUUCUAGAACUCAUCAAUGAAAACAAAUUGCCACAAAACUCGUCACAAGCUGCUUCGUGUCACCUCAAUGUAAUAAAACAAGCCAGUAUUUCACAUGAAAUAUUGUUACAAUAUUUGAGUGUCUUGAUUCUCUAUAAGAAUUUGAUCUGGUGUUUCAUUGUAUGUCAAGAUUAUACUGGUCCAAACGAUUCGAGUCUACACUCUUUGAUAUACUAGAUGCUUGCAACAUUGACCAUGAAAGAAAUGAAUACAAAAAAACUGACCACUAAAAGCGAUUCUGAGCGAACGCAACAAGGAAACGUCUUCCCAGCUUUUGCACUCUUUGGUUGCUUUUUUACUUCAUUAACUUCCGUGAUUCUGGCAGGAACGCAAGAUACUUUGGCUGGAACCUACAAACCUUCUACCACUGUGUUGUUGGCAGGGGUUGUUCCGCUUCUUAUCGUAGAUGUCAUAGCGCCUUACUUCGUCAACAGGAUACCCAACCUCGUUCUUGUAUUUACUGCCAGUAUUAGUGUCUCUGUUGGCUUGAUCAUCCUGGCAUAUGCUGAUGUCGAGUGGAAGAUUGCUGCUGUUGCAUUAUUAGCAUUUGGUGUAGCAGUCGGCACAAUAACCAUCGUUUCACUGACUUCGUACUUUGAACCUUCAGCUGUGUCUGCGUACUCGUCCGGCACUGGGGUAGGAUUCCUUUUAGGACCUCUUUAUUACACUGCUUUGACCACUUGGUUUUGUGUAUCUCCAAACACAACACUUACCAUCGUAUCACCAUUGCCUCUCAGUUAUUUUGUAUUAUAUUACUUCAUCAUCAAAAACAUAAGGAAAAAAGCUUCUGAUUCAGAUGAAGAAGUAGUCUAUACAAAAAUAGACGAUACAGAUACGGAAGAUGUUGAGGACAGUGAAAUAAAGAAAGAAAGAAAACAAGAAACAAAAGAUAAAUGUACUAGAAAAACAGACGAUGUGUUCUUGAGCAGAAAAGAGAAGAUGUUGAUCUUAGCAAAGCUGUUUUCUCUCACACUUGUGCCCGGAUUCAUAGGAUUUUGUUCUCAAUACCUUUUGACUCAGACUGUAAUCACAACCAUCGCCUACAAGAACGCUCCCUUCACACCACGUGACCACUAUCAGUAUUACUUUUUUAUUUUUGCGUUGGGUGAGAUGAUAGGAAGAUCCCAUCACUUGAUACUUUCCAAAACUCGCUUGCUUUAUACUCCAACUAGAUUGUUGCUGUGGCUUUUUUCGAGCACAGAAAUGCUAAUAUUAUGUUUUGCGAUUUUGGAGUCUUGGUAUCGAUUUCUUCCCAACGUAGGCAUUCUUCUUUUUUUUGUUUUUUUUGCUGGAUUUACACAAGGCAUGGUUUACGUAAAUAUGCUUGGAUUACUACAUCUAAAGUUUGAAGGAGAAGAACGAGAGUUUGUUAUGGGAUAUGCAGUGGUUCCCCGUGGAUUAGGCAUGUUUACUGCCGGCCUGGUUGGGUUUUUCGUUGAACCACUUUUACUGAAGCACUGCAUUUCACUGUUUAAAGAAAGUACUUCUUGUUUAACUCGUUCUGAAUCUUUGGUCUCCAUAACGUCUAAAUGCUUGACAUGAUAUUGUGAAAUCUUAAAAACGAAAUAAGGUGRUAGCACUUCGGGCAAUUAUUAUAAAUAAUACCAUGGCACGAGGGAAAUUAGUGAUUAAAUUUCCCCUAAUACCUCGGGAAUAUUGUAAAAGUCCCGAGGGCGUGACAUGGUAUUGCCUCAUUUAUGAUACACUCGACAAAAUUACUCGUUCUGAUUGGACAAGAGAAGUACAAUUAAAUCACAAAUUUUCAUGGCCGAUUUUUACGCUUCGAAUUCCUGGUUAAUUUUACUUGAUUACCUACGGGGCUCGAAAAAAUACGCUUUCACUCGUGAAAUUAUCCGGAUAGUUCCGGCAGUAAUACACRAUUAGCAAUGUAAUAAUAACCUCUAUAUAAUCAAUGGUCGCUUAACCAAUCACAGCGCGCGAAACUCUAUAUUCAAGACUAAAAUUAUACUUAAUAAAUAUUGAUUGACGGCAGUGUAUUGCAAACUCCUAUCCAAACUGCUUGGAUGUACUCAAACUCUUUGCAAUCGCUUUCGGAACUUUCCUUCGUGAUAUCUGACUGAGAAAGUUUGAUAGAAAAGCCAACUCACUGAUCCAAAYGUGUAUAAAUGGCGUCAACAUGAAUGAUUGACGGCAGUCUUUUGCAAACUACAAGACUCGAUUUGUGUCUGGGGUGGCCGCGUAGUAAUGCAAACGGCGGUAAUGUCUGGUCGCGAGGGAAAUAGUUAUUGUUUUUUUUCCCCCGAAAGCCUCGUCUCGAUGUUCACGAGGCGAAGCCGAGGGAAACAUCGAGACUCGAGUGAAAACAAAACUAACUAAUUUCCCGAGGGACCAGACAUUAAGAGUUUUGUUAUAUAGCAAUUGAGAAAUAUUGAGAAGUCAGUAUACGAAAUAAAAACUUUAUUUAGCAAGCUAAAGGCAUGAAAACUGACCACGAUUUUACAAAUACAACUCAUAUACGGUCUUGUAUUUAUCUACCAAAAAGCAAAAAUAGUAGCAACAGAAUUUUUAGUCGCUUUUUYCGUAUUUUCCAAAUCCUUUUUCUCAAUAACAGUUUGUAAUUUCUCUGUAGAAACACUGGAAAACUUCUAUUGUUUCGCUUCGAGCUCCAUUUGCACUGAAAAUUCAAGCAAAAUAUCUGCUCCCGCUCUGUUGUUUUUGAUUGGUGCAAGAAUUACGCCAUCAGCGAUUUUCAUGUUUUGAUUACGUGCACUUAUUUAUUUUCACGAUUAUUGUCACUUGCAACUUAUUUCCCGACCGUUAAAUAUGUAACUUAUUUCCCGGUCGGUAAACAUUUAGAUUUAACUAGUGUCACGUGGUCAUCUUUCAACCAAUGAGAGUGUUCGGUAUAUCAGAAAAUUUCGUAGCUAUAUAACAAAUAUAUACAUAUAUCAAAUUGAUGUAUUAUUUAUCGCUGAUAAUAUCUGCCAUAAAGGAUCCAGGCCAUGUUUCCCAUCUGUAUGACCUGCCAAAAUUACACAAGAAAAAAUGGCUGGAGGACAAGUUGAAACCUCUUUCAACGAACCAGUAUACUAUCAAUGACAUCAACAGGUUUACUGAUGAAUUACRAGAAAUUGAUAUUAAUGCCAAUGAUAUCCUAGUUUCGUAUGAUGUUUCCUCCCUGUUUAGUGACCAAUGUUCCUCUGGAAGAUAUCAUUCACAUUUGGCUGAUAAAGCAUUUGCCAAUAUAAU